AUGGAGGAAUACAAGAUGAAACUUGGACAGACAGAAGACCAACAACUCAGAGAGUCACUAGAAAGAGUCAUCAACAUCUUUCAGAGCAACCUCUUUCAAGUCUUGAUAGGUAGGAUUGCACUUCAUUCAAACCUAGGCCUAAUGUGGUCACAAACACAAAGUCUGUCAAAUCAGUUUUGGUGUUGUGUUGAUAUUUUAUUAUCAGCUGUAACAAGUUUUAUACAGGUCUAUAGUUUUCAGAAAUGUCAGGCAUGCAUAUACAGUAUUUUGUCAGCAGUUGACUUCCACUACUUUUCCUGUGUAUUGUCAGUGUCACCUGACAGGGCCCAAAAAAGUAUAAAAUAAAUAGAGCCUGCACACUCAUAAGCUCCACCAUGUACCUUUAUUCACAAAAAAAAGAUGUUUCAAUCCUGAAACCCUGCAAACAGGGGACGUCCUAAGGACGUCCAGAGGACCAUGACACAACCUCCUGAAGUCCCCGGGACGUCCUAUCGACUCAUUUCUGUUUGCAGGGAAGGGUCUUCGUCAGGUCACUUGACUAACCUGCUUGAGCAAUGCAAACAGGUUUUUCUGUUUUUACCUGGAACAUGUCUCUCCCCCACCCGGACCACACUAAUCUCACCAUGCUCAAGUUGAAAUGUUUUACCUAGCAAGGAAUACAGUGAUUUGAUUCAAACAGAAUGGUCAUUAUAAAUGUGUAUAUUCUAAUCAUUUCAAGUUAUGCUGUGCCUUAUCUAGGGCUUUAUGCCUGUAAUAACAUAGUAACUACUACACUACUAACUCAUUUCAAACUGAAUUUGUACAGUUUCCUAUCAUUACAAUUCAGUCAUUCUUUUCUGUGGGAUAUCUUUCAGUUUACAGACUAGUAAUAACUUUAUUGUUCCCAAAGUAGCCUAGUUGUUUACUAACUAUUUGGCAUGAAGGCAAUGGACAUCAUGAAAAUGAUUGGCGAGGUUGAGGGUAGAGGAAGUUCAGGAGUAAAAACAAACAAAAUAUAAUUAUUGUAAAAUUGACUGUGUCCAUAAAAUAUCUAUAGUAUGUAUAAGUUGGAUGUUGAGGCCUAAGAAUUGUUGUUCACUAGUUUACUCCAAUUAGGGAAGGCGUGGUGGGGUUGGAAAGUAAUAAAGGGAAAUAUAUUUUAAAAAAGGGUAUAUGUGUAUGUAUGUAUGUACAGUGGGGAGAACAAGUACUUGAUACACUGCCGAUUUUGCAGGUUUUCCUACUUACAAAGCAUGUAGAGGUCUGUAAUAUUUAUCAUAGGUACACUUCAACUGUGAGAGACGGAAUCUAAAACAAAAAUCCAGAAAAUGACAUUGUAUGAUUUUUAAGUAAUUAAUUUGCAUUUUAUUGCAUGACAUAAGUAUUUGAUACAUCAAAAAAGCAGAACUUAAUAUUUGGUACAGAAACCUUUGUUUGCAAUUACAGAGAUCAUACGUUUCCUGUAGGUCUUGACCAGGUUUGCACACACUGCAGCAGGGAUUUUGGCCCACUCCUCCAUACAGACCUUCUCCAGAUCCUUCAGGUUUCAGGGCUGUCGCUGGGCAAUACGGGCUUUCAGCUCCCUCCAAAGAUGUUCUAUUGGGUUCAGGUCUGGAGACUGGCUAGGCCACUCCAGGACCUUGAGAUGCUUCUUACGGAGCCACUCCUUAGUUGCCCUGGCUGUGUGUUUUGGGACGUUGUCAUGCUGGAAGACCCAGCCACGACCCAUCUUCAAUGCUCUUACUGAGGGAAGGAGGUUGUUGGCCAAGAUCUCACGACACAUGGCCCCAUCCAUCCUCCACUCAAUACGGUGCAGUCGUCCUGUCCCCUUUGCAGAAAAGCAUCCCCAAAUAAUGAUGUUUCCACCUCCAUGCUUCACGGUUGGGAUGGUGUUCUUGGGAUUGUACUCAUCCUUCUUCUUCCAAACACGGCGAGUGGAGUUUAGACCAAAAAGCUCUAUUUUUGUCUCAUCAGACCACAUGACCUUCUCCCAUUCCUCCUCUGGAUCAUCCAGAUGGUCAUUGGCAAACUUCAGACGGGCCUGGACAUGCGCUGGCUUGAGCAGGGGGACCUUGCGUGCGCUGCAGGAUUUUAAUCCAUGACGGCGUAGUGUGUUACUAAUGGUUUUCUUUGAGACUGUGGUCCCAGCUCUCUUCAGGUCAUUGACCAGGUCCUGCCGUGUAGUUCUGGCUGAUCCCUCACCUUCCUCAUGAUCAUUGAUGCCCCACGAGGUGAGAUCUUGCAUGGAGCCCCAGACCGAGGGUGAUUGACCAUCAUCUUGAACUUCUUCCAUUUUCUAAUAAUUGUGCCAACAGUUGUUGCCUUCUCACCAAGCUGCUUGCCUAUUGUCCUGUAGCCCAUCCCAGCCUUGUGCAUGUCUACAAUUUUAUCCCUGAUGUCCUUACACAGCUCUCUGGUCUUGGCCAUUGUGGAGAGGAUGGAGUCUGUUUGAUUGAGUGUGUGGACAGGUGUCUUUUAUACAGGUAACGAGUUCAAACAGGUGCAGUUAAUAUAGGUAAUGAGUGGAGAACAGGAGGGCUUCUUAAAUAAAAACUAAAAGGUCUGUGAGAGCCGGAAUUCUUACUGGUUGGUAGGUGAUCAAAUACUUAUGUCAUGCAAUAAAAUGCAAAUUAAUUACUUAAAAAUCAUACAAUGUGGUUUUCAGGAUUUUUGUCUCCACGUACUGUAACUUACAGUUGAAGUGUACCUAUGAUAAAAAUUACAGACCUCUAAAUGUUUUGUAAGUAGGAAAACCUGCAAAAUCGGCAGUGUAUCAAAUACUUGUUCUCCCCACUGUAUGUGUGUAUAUAUAUAUAAGUGGUGGUUUUCUGGGACCUGGCCUCCUACCAAAAACAUUUCUGGACUGUCUGAGUUACAUCUCUGUUUUAAACAGUCUGUGUGUGAUUGUGUGCGUGUGUGUGUAGGCUGUUCCCCCUUUUAUAGGCCCUGCAUUGCAAUAUAAGUCUAGUAUCUUUACUGUUUGUAAUGAAUACUAAAAAAAUUACAAACAGGUUGAGAGUCGUCUAUAUGCUAUCUAUUUCAGUAGCCAAUAAAGAGUGUGUGCUUUGUACUGUAGAUUGCUGGACUAUGUAGCAACACGUCUUCUAAUAUUACCUUUAGAUCUAAAGUCAUGUCUACCUUUAAGAGACUGGGUGCUCAGUAGACAUAUACUGUAUGUUGCUUUACUCAGUUGUUGUUGUUUUUCCUCCAACUUUUAUGUUUUUGGCAAAAGUUGAAGAAUGGUCACAUUUGAUCAUAGCAGUACUCAUAUAAAAUGUAUUUGAGUGAAAGGUUCCAUAAAUGUCUGUCUCCCUGUGAUAGAAGUUCCGGUCCAGACAGUUAGGCUAACUUUCAUUUGAUUCCUUUCCACCAGCCCACCCCUGUAGGUAAUGCUCAUUGGAUUGGAACACCUCCAUUCACUGGUGUAAUUGAAGAGCAUGGCUUCUCGACUGGUUAACCACUCCUCAUUGUCCUCCUUUACAUGCUCUUUUAAUCUUAUUAGCUGGUUCCCCUGGGUCUCCCUGGCCCUCCUUGGGACUCCCUGGGCCUCCCUGGCUCUUCCUGAGCCUCCCUGGUUCCCUUGGGCCUCCCUGGUUCCCCUGGUUCCCCUGGGUCUCCCUGGGCCUCUCUGGCUCUCCCUGUUUCUCCGGACACUAGGGUUUCAUGCUUUGAUCAGUUCACACACAGGAGAUUUCUUGACCUUGACCCUUGCAAGGAUUCACACACAUUCCUACAUUAUACACACGACUGCUGAUCAAUACAUAGACAUACAGUACAGUAACCUACUACUACUACACACACACACACACACACACACACACACACACACACACACACACACACACACGCACGCACACUCACUCUGACCCACUCUCGUUCGCUCCUCCCUCCCUCCCUUUGGGACAUGUUGCAUGGUUGAAUGGGAUAGGAUGGGAAGCAAUCUGGGCUGUGUAAGAUAUGUAUAAGAGUCAGGAGUGUAAUCCGUCUACUGACAUGAUUAUUCUAAUGCUACUGCUGGUAAUCUCUUCUGCUUGAUUUACUGCCUGUUCCCAGAGCCUUUUCAGGUGUGUGUGUGUGUGUGUGUGUGUCACUUUUCAAUACAGAGGCCUAAUUCUACUGCAGCUUUAUCCAACUCUUAUUUGAUCUAAUUCUCAUCAUAGUGCAGCAGUGGGCAAUGCUUGUUUUGGUUGAAUAGAGCCCCAGGUGUUUUACUGUAGCUAACAUGAAUGUGGCUGCUGCACUCAAAAACAUGUUCAAAAUGUUUUACAGUUGGUUUACAUUUUUGGGCUUCGGCAGCUGUAUCAAACCACCUGGCUAGAGAUGUGCAGUCAGUGUGCACGUACUGUAUGAGUGUGUGUGUGUGUAUUUGCUAAAUUAUGUUUGAGAAGGGAGGAUACAGUUGAAUAUGAAUUGCUGAGACACAUCCGGUGCGGCAGGUAGCCUAGUGUUAAGAGUCGUAGCCGUAGCCGGCCGCGACCGGUAGACCCAUGGGGCGGCACACAAUUGGCCUAGCGUCGUCCAGGGUAGGGGAGGGAAUGGCCGGCAGGGAUGUAGCUCAGUUGGUAGAGCAUGGUGUUUGCAACGCCAAGGUUGUGGGUUCGAUUCACAUGGGGGAAUAAUGUACUCACUAACUGUAAGGCGCUCUGGAUAAGAGCGUCUGCUAAAUGACAAAAAUUAAUCAAAUAAAAAUAAAGAGCAUUGGGCCAGCAAUCGAAAGGUCACUGGUUUGAAUCCCUGAGCUGACUAGGUGAAAAAUCUGUUGGUGUGCUUUGAGCAAGGCCCUUAACCCUAAUUGCUCUGGAUAAGAGUGUCUGCUAAAAUGUAAGGUGAUGAAUUAUAUUCAUGGUGUGCUCCUCCUCCAUCAUUGUUGAACCUGUGAGCUCCACUCAUCCUCUUACUCUUUCCCCUGUAGUUAUCAUAGAGCUCCACUCAGGGCCCACUAGGCCACUCCAAGGUAUCCUGCUCUAAUUAUUUCCUACAGAAGCCUAUACUAUAUAUAGUCCCAGGCAGUCUUGAAUCGUGCAAGGUGAAUACAGCAGGCAGGCCAGCUAUCUUCAGAAAGGGAUGGACGGGAAAGUGCGUCAUUAACCUUUGAGCAACUGCAUCUUGAUUUGGACACGGGUAUCGCGAAUGUCAAUCACUAAGUUGUAUUGGACCUGCUAUAAGCUGCCUUACUCAUUGUGUGUGUGUGUUCUUUUAUUUUGGUAAUGGUAUGAUGAGUUGGUGAGAGGGGAUUGACCUGAGCCGAUCACUUCUGAAUGCAGGUCAGAGUCAGCCUGCCUUGACCUGGUGCCCAGGGGUUACAGGUCAAGGGUCAGGGCAAAAGAGUUGUAGAACUCUAACUUUACUAGACCUUGACUAACUUUAACCCUCUGAAGACUACAAUUUUUUUUUAGCUAGAAUUUCUGAGAAAUGAGUAUGUGAGGCAGAAAAAAUAACACAAUAGUUAUAAGCUGUAAUACUGUAGCCCUGUAAUUCCUUCCCACUUCCUUCCUGUGGCAGGUUGUGACCUUAGACAGUUCUCAGUAAUCCUUGGCUUUCCCCUUAAAGGUGUUACACCUAGAAUGUCUUACUUAUGUGGAAGCUAAGUGAAUUGCAACAGCACUAGGCUGCAUUCAAAACAAAUCUCCCACCUCCCAUGCAUCCCAUUUCCCCGUAACUGUCACGCCCUGGCUCUGGGACUCUGUUAUGUUGAGCCAGGGUGUGUGGUUUCUAUGUGUUUUGUGUGCUAGGGUGAUUAUCUAGUUCAUUUGUUUCUAUGUUGGCCGGUGUGGUUCUCAAUCAGAGGCAACGUGUAUCAGCUGUUGCUUGUUGUCUCUGAUUGGGGACCAUACUUAGGCAGCCUGUUUUCCACAGUGUGUUGUGGGAUCUUGUUCCGUGUUUGGUUAGUGUCUAUUGCCAAGGACGUCACGUAUCGUUUUGUUGUUUUGUUCGUGUGAUCAUUAAAAAUAAAAGUAUGUUCACUCAUCACGCUGCGCAUUGGUCCACUUCCUCCAGCGAUCGUGACAGAAGAUCCCACCAUAACUGGACCAAGCAGCGUGUCCAGGAGCCAACGCCAGAGAGGGCUCUAAAGGAUAUCAACCUCGACUGGGUCAAGCAGCGUGAGGAGGAGAGAGGCUGGACUUGGGAGCAGAGGAGCGAGAGUCUGGCGAGAGCCAUGGAUGCCUGGCCCACGGGGAGGAGAGACGCCCAGAAAAUGUUUAGGGGGGGGCUCACGCCGUGGACGACGGGGCAGCAGGAGGCCGGGAUAGAGUGGUUCAGCGGGUUGGCAAAGGAGGCCGCCAGGUUACGGGAGUCACUGCUCACCAGGGGGAAGGAGAAUGUAGAGGCAUGGCGAGAGGUACUGGGGUGUGUUGCCAGUCCGGUCCGGCCCGUUCCUGAUCCCCGCACCAAGCCUGUGGUGCGCUUCGUCAGCCCGGUCCGGCCCAUUCCUGCUCCCCGCACCAAGCCUGUGGUGCGCUUCGUCAGCCCGGUUCGGCCCGUUCCUGCUUCCCGCACCAAGCCUAUGGUGCGCGUCGCCAGCCCGGCCCGGCCUGUUCCUGCUCCCCGCACCAAGCCAAUGGUGCGCGUCGCCAGCCCGGUUCGGCCCAUCCCUGCUCCCCGCACCAAGUCUAUGGUGCGCGUCGCCAGCCCGGUCCGGCCCGGUCCGGCCCGUUCCUGCUCCCCGCACCAAGCCUGUGGUGCGCGUCGUCAGUCCGGCACAUCCCGUGCCUGGGUCACCGGUGCCUGGUCAGGUACCGGUUAGCUGCUCCACAUCGGAGCCUGAGCGAUCCGCUCCACCGAUGUCCAGUCCAGAUCCAGCCAGCAGGGCCAGACCGGACCAGGGGCGCUAUGGGGGGUUUGUUGGAGGGUGGGGGUCAAGCCCGGAGCCGGAACCGCCUCCGAGGAGGAAUGCCCACCCGGCCCUCCCCUGUUCGGUUUAUGUUUGGCGCGGUCGCAGUCCGCGCCUUUGGGAGGGGGUACUGUCACGCCCUGGCUCUGGGACUCUGUUAUGUUGAGCCAGGGUGUGUGGUUUCUAUGUGUUUUGUGUGCUAGGGUGAUUAUCUAGUUCAUUUGUUUCUAUGUUGGCCGGUGUGGUUCUCAAUCAGAGGCAACGUGUAUCAGCUGUUGCUUGUUGUCUCUGAUUGGGGACCAUACUUAGGCAGCCUGUUUUCCACAGUGUGUUGUGGGAUCUUGUUCCGUGUUUGGUUAGUGUCUAUUGCCAAGGACGUCACGUAUCGUUUUGUUGUUUUGUUCGUGUGAUCAUUAAAAAUAAAAGUAUGUUCACUCAUCACGCUGCGCAUUGGUCCACUUCCUCCAGCGAUCGUGACAGUAACAUGGCGGAGACUCGCGCUUGAGCUUUCAGUUUUGGUCCACCAGCCUAAAACAGCUGUAAAAACUAUAUUUUUUGUUAUUGAAAAUAUAUUUCACAGCGAUUUAGAUGGUACAAUGAUUCCCUACACUAUUGAGUGCUUGUUUUCUCACAUAAACUGAAAUUGAGCGAACAGUGUAGAAUUCUAGCGACCAGGAAAUGACAGAGCGAUUUAUACGUUGGCCACUUGACCCGAUUUCCACUAGAUAACACAGCCACAAAAACAGCUUUGCCAUUUUGAGAAAUCGAUACGCGAAUAUCAAGGCCAAUGACAACACUGGCAGGUAAGUAAUACUGUGAAACACUCUGUGUGGCUCAGUUGGUAGAGCAUGGCGCUUGCAACGCCAGGGUUGUGGGUUCGAUUCCCACGGGAGACCAGUAUGAAAAUGUAUGCAUUCACUACUGGAUAAGAGCGUUGGCUAAAUGUAAAACAUUAUUAUUACAGAUAUAUUAAGGACAUUUUCUGAAAUUACUAUGCAAAAAUGCAAAAAUUCCUGUGUAGCACCUUUAAGUGUUGUCUAAUCUCCUUACCUGAUCUAGGCUCUGUGAUGCCCUGCAAACAACCCUCCAUUUUGUAACCACACUGGCUGGAGGAAGGGAAGGGCAGGGCAGCACUGCUGUGCCCUCUUCAGAACCAUGCCUAACUCAGACCUAUAUUUGUACUCGACAAAGUCAAACUAUCAUCCAUGUUGGAUUCAAAUGCUCCACGAUAAAAGCAUUGUCAUUUGUAUUUUCAAAAUGCAAAAAUAGCGCUCAUAGAAAUUCUAAAUGCUAAACAGAGUUUGCAGACUUUACAAAAACGUUUAUUUUGUAUUUAGUUCCCACAAAAUGCUAGAUAAUGUGUUCCUUUGAAUUGAGGUCUGGUCUGCUAUUCUCGUACAAUUCCUGCUUGUUCUUUUAUUUUUACGAGAUCCUUUAGCAUUGUCAGCAUGAGGCUGUUAUUUUGUAUUUUUUUUCGGCCAUUUUCUGGUGUGAACAACGUGUAGCUUGUCUCUAGUUGGCUCUAGCCUUUUGGGGGCCCUAAGCGAGAUCUGUUUGAGGGGCCCCACACCUUGCGGCAAAACAUUUUAUUGGCCCCUCUCUUGACAGUGGAGAGAAUUUUAACUUUUAAAGGUAAUUUCCUGCAAUUUUACUAGGGCUGUCCCCGACGGUUGACCGAGAGUCGUCUGUUCUUUAGAGUAUGAUUGGUCGAAAUGUUUAAACGUGUAUUUUUCCAUAUAGACACACCCUAUGAGUUUGAAUAUAAUCAACUAUAUGCACUGAGCUUGUCUGAUGCUUCAAGCGCACUGUUUGAUUAAAUAAUUAAGACACACAAAUAGGCCUGUGGCGGUCAUGAAAUUUCGUCAGCCGGUGAUUGUCAAGCAAAUAACUGCCGGUCUCACGUCAUUUACCGUUAAUUAACACAAACACAUUUAGCAUCUCCUGUAUUCCACACAUAGCCUACAAGCCACUGAUGCAGACCUUUGGAACAUCUACAUUUUAAAAAGUCUAAUAAAUCCAUGUAAUAUAGCCUACACAAUCACAUUAAAUCCAUUAUUUAUUUUAGACAGGUCUAAAGAAACAUGAUAUGAAGAAAAUGUAGUCUAUUUCAGAAGAACAGAGUAGCAUACUCUGAGUUGUCCUUAUGUUAGGGACUGAUCUGACUAUGCCAUAUGACUGUGGAUUACACUAGUUCAUUUAGCAGACAAGAUUUGCUUAGAAUUCAGUGGAAUUAUUUUAUAUUAUUUUAUAAUAUGAAGAAUACAAUUGAACAUAGCUGAAUAAAAUAGGAAGGAUAUAUUCUCCAAACGAUUUGAGGGAGUGCGCACAUGCGGCUAUUCUGUGUUGAGUAGUUAACAAAGAAACAGGUACAGUGGGGAAAAAAAGUAUUUAGUCAGCCACCAAUUGUGCAAGUUCUCCCACUUAAAAAGAUGAGAGAGGCCUGUAAUUUUCAUCAUAGGUACACGUCAACUAUGACAGACAAAAUGAGGAAAAAAAAUCCAGAAAAUCACAUUGUAGGAUUUUUAAUGAAUUUAUUUGCAAAUUAUGGUGGAAAAUAAGUAUUUGGUCAAUAACAAAAGUUUCUCAAUACUUUGUUAUAUACCCUUUGUUGGCAAUGACACAGGUCAAACGUUUUCUGUAAGUCUUCACAAGGUUUUCACACACUGUUGCUGGUAUUUUGGCCCAUUCCUCCAUGCAGAUCUCCUCUAGAGCAGUGAUGUUUUGGGGCUGUCGCUGGGCAACACGGACUUUCAACUCCCUCCAAAGAUUUUCUAUGGGGUUGAGAUCUGGAGACUCCAGGACCUUGAAAUGCUUCUUACGAAGCCACUCCUUCGUUGCCCGGGCGGUGUGUUUGGGAUCAUUGUCAUGCUGAAAGACCCAGCCACGUUUCAUCUUCAAUGCCCUUGCUGAUGGAAGGAGGUUUUCACUCAAAAUCUCACGAUACAUGGCCCCAUUCAUUCUUUCCUUUACACGGAUCAGUCGUCCUUGUCCCUUUGCAGAAAAACAGCCCCAAAGUAUGAUGUUUUCACUCCCAUGCUUCACAGUAGGUAUGGUGUUCUUUGGAUGCAACUCAGCAUUCUUUGUCCUCCAAACACGACGAGUUUAGUUUUUACCAAAAAGUUAUAUUUUGGUUUCAUCUGACCAUAUGACAUUCUCCCAAUCCUCUUCUGGAUGCACUCUAGCAAACUUCAGACGGGCCUGGACAUGUACUGGCUUAAGCAGGGGGACACGUCUAGCACUGCAGGAUUUGAGUCCCUGGCGGCGUAGUGUGUUACUUAUGGUAGGCUUUGUUACUUUGGUCCCAGCUCUCUGCAGGUCAUUCACUAGGUCCCCCCGUGUGGUUCUGGGAUUUUUGCUCACCGUUCUUGUGAUCAUUUUGACCCCACGGGGUGAGAUCUUGCGUGGAGCCCCAGAUCGAGGGAGAUUAUCAGUGGUCUUGUAUGUCUUCCAUUUCCUAAUAAUUGCUCCCACAGUUGAUUUCUUCAAACCAAGCUGCUUACCUAUUGCAGAUUCAGUCUUCCCAGCCUGGUGCAGGUCUACAAUUUUGUUUCUGGUGUCCUUUGACAGCUCUUUGGUCUUGGCCAUAGUGGAGUUUGGAGUGUGACUGUUUGAGGUUGUGGACAGGUGUCUUUUAUACUGAUAACAAGUUCAAACAGGUGCCAUUAAUACAGGUAACGAGUGGAGGACAGAGGAGCCUCUUAAAGAAGAAGUUACAGGUCUGUGAGAGCCAGAAAUCUUGCUUGUUUGUAGGUGACCAAAUACUUAUUUUCCACCAUAAUUUGCAAAUAAAUUCAUUAAAAAUCCUACAAUGUGAUUUUCUGGAUUUUUUUCCCUCAAUUUGUCUGUCAUAGUUGACGUGUACCUAUGAUGAAAAUUACAGGCCUCUCUCAUCUUUUUAAGUGGGAGAACUUGCACAAUUGGUGGCUGACUAAAUACUUUUUUUCCCCACUGUACUCCUAUAUGCUUAAUUUAGAGUUAUUUAUGUAGCUUUACAUGCUGACUAGACCGGGCGCGCGUGUUGAUUUUGUCCAACCACACCAAACGCGAUCAGGACAAGCAGGUUGAAAUAUCAAAACGAACUCUGAACCAACAAUAUUAAUUUGGGGACAGGUCGAAAAGCAUUAAAUAUUUAUGUCAAUUUAGCUAGCUAGCUUGCUGUUGCUAGCUAAUUUGUCCUGGGAUAUAAACAUUGGGUUGUUAUUUUACCUGAUAUGCACAAGGUCCUCUACUCCGACAAUUAAUCUACAGAUAAAAGGGUAAACAGAGUUAGUUUCUAGUAAUCUCUCCUCCUUCAGGCUUCUCUUCUUCUUCUUUGGACUUUAUAUGGCGGUUGGCAACCAACUUUAAGGUGCAUUAACCCCACCAACUGGACUGGAGUGUGUACCUCAGUUCAUCUUUCAAUCACCCACAUGGGAAUAUGCUCCUAAAAACCAAUGAGGAGAUGGGUGAGGCGGGACUUGCAGCGCGUCAAGCGUCACAAAUGGAACCAAGUUCUAUUUUAGCGCCUGGCUACGCAGACGCUCGUUGACGUGCACGAGCAGUGUGGGUGCAAUGAUUGAAUAACAUGUAUGUGUACAUUUCUUUUGCAAUGCUCGCACACGCGACGCAAGCGGUGUGGUCAGCAUGUUAGUUGUGAUACAAACGUUGGGCUAUAUGUUUAGAUUUUUUAUACAUUCUAAGGCUGCAUGAUGCGACUCUCUCAUUAAAAAUUUGACAAGCACUUGAUAAUGCCUCAAAUUUCCCAGCGGCAUCCCCUUUGUGUGGCCGUAAUGUCCCCUAAAAAAAUCCAUGCCUUUUGCGGCAUUUCCAAAGCACCUUUCACUCAAAUAGCUCUCUGUCACGUGAGUGGGUCUUUCUCACAGGCUACAAGUGAAAACAGACACAUCGGGGACGCAACUGCGCGCGUCCUUAUCCAAUACCGAGUCGCAUAUUGAAGAUAUUGGAAGAACUGUCCACAUUUACUUUUCAUCAGCCAACAAGAUGAGGAGGCCUAACGAACAGCAAAAGCACUAGCCUAUGUCAAUCUACUAUCCCUCAUAGUACAAGUUGAUCUGUUCUAUUCUAUUCUGUGUGAGAAAUACAUAUUUACAUAGUGGCACCGGAGAAGAUGGCUGCCGUUUUACAGCCCUCUAACCAAUUGUACUAUUAUGUGUGUUUUUCCGUGUUAUUUGUAAUUUAUUUUGUACAUAAUGUUUCUGCCAUCGUCUCUUAUAACUAAAAAUAGCUUCUGGAUAUCAGGACAGCGAUUACUCACCUCGUAUUGAACUAAUAAUUUUUCUUCAACGAGGCGGCCGCGAAGGAUAUCCUACAGACACCCGACAAGGCCCAAAUCCCCGUCAUUCGCAUGAGGAAGAGACGGAGAUAUCGUGGACGUAGGUUGGGGUGCCUUGUAAGGAUCCGACGGCAAGCGAGUAAACUGCCGCUCCCAUCAAUUCUAUUAGCCAAUCUUCAAUCAUUGGAAAAUAAAUUGGAUGACCUAAGAUUACGGUUAUCCUACCAACGGGACAUUAAAAACUGUAAUAUCUUAUGUUUCACCGAGUCGUGGCUGAACGACGACAUGGAUAACAUACAGCUAGCGGGCUAUACGCUACAUCGGCAGGAUAGAACGGCUGACUCCAGUAAGACAAGGGGUGGUGGUCUGUGUAUAUUUGUAAACAACAGCUGGUGCACAAAAUCAAAUACUAAGGAAGUCUCAAGGUUUUGCUCGCCUGAGGUAGAGUAUCUUAUGAUAAGCUGUAGACCACACUAUUUACCAAGAGAGUUUCAUCUAUAUUUUUCAUAGCUGUCUAUUUACCACCACAAACCAAUGCUGGCAUUAAGAUUGCACUGAAUGAGCUGUAUAAGGCCAUAAGUCAACAGGAAAACGCUCAUCCAGAGGCAGCGCUCCUAGUGGCCGGGGACUUUAAUGCAGGGAAACUUAAAUCCGUUCUACCUCAUUUCUACCAGCAUGUUAAAUGUGCAACCAGAGGAAAAAAAACUCUAGACCACCUUUACUCCACACACAGAGACGCAUACAAAGCUCUCCCUCGCCCUCCAUUUGGCAAAUCUGACCAUAACUCUAUCCUCCUGAUUCCUGCUUAUAAGCAAAAACUAAAGCAGGAAGCACCAGUGACUCGGUUAAUAAAAAAGUGGUCAGAUGACGCAGAUGCUAAGCUACAGGACUGUUUUGCUAGCACAGACUGGAACAUGUUCCGGGAUUCUUCAGAUAGCAUUGAGGAGUACACCACAUCAGUCACUGGCUUCAUCAAGUGCAUAAGUGCAUCGAUGAUGUCGUCCCCACAGUGACCAUACGUACAUACCCCAACCAGAAGCCAUCAAGGAGCGGGACUCUAACUCGGACGCUUAUAAGAAAUCCCGCUAUGCCCUCCGACGAACCAUCAAACAGGCAAAGAGUCAAUACAGGACUAAGAUUGAAUCGUACUACACCGGCUCUGACGCUCGUCGGAUGUGGCAGGGCUUGAAAACUAUUACAGACUACAAAGGGAAGCACAGCCGCGAGCUUUCCAGUGACACAAGCCUACCAGACGAGCUAAACCACUUCUAUGCUCGCUUCGAGGCAAGCAACACUGAAGCAUGCAUGAGAGCACCAGCUGUUCCGGAUGACUAUUUGAUCACGCUCUCCGUAGCCGAUGUGAGUAAGACUUUUAAGCAGGUCAACAUUCACAAGGCCGCAGGGCCAGACCGAUUACCAGGACGUGUACUCCGAGCAUGUGCUGACCAACUGGCAAGUGUCUUCACUGACAUUUUCAACAUGUCCCUGACUGAGUCUGUAAUACCAACAUGUUUCAAGCAGACCACCAUAGUCCCCGUGCCCAAGGACACUAAGAUAACCUGCCUAAAUGACUACCGACCCGUAGCACUGACGUCUGUAGCCAUGAAGUGCUUUGAAAGGCUGGUCAUGGCUCACAUCAACACCAUUAUCCCAGAAACCCUAGACCCACUCCAAUUUGCAUACCGCUCCAACAGAUCCACAGAUGAUGCAAUCUUUAUUGCACUCCACACUGCCCUUUCCCACCUGGACAAGAGGAACACCUACGUGAGAAUGCUAUUCAUUGACUACAGCUCAGCAUUCAACACCAUAGUGCCCUCAAAGCUCAUCACUAAGCUAAGGAUCCUGGGACUAAACACCUCCCUCUGCAACUGGAUCCUGGACUUCCUGACGGGACGCCCCCAGGUGGUAAGGGUAGGUAACAACACAUCUGCCACACUGAUCCUCAACACGGGGGCCCCUCAGGGGUGCGUGCUCAGUCCCCUCCUGUACUCCCUGUUCACCCGUGACUGCAUGGCCAGGCACGACUCCAACACCAUCAUUAAGUUUCCCGACGACACAACAGUGGUAGGCCUGAUCACCGAAAACGAUGAGACAGCCUAUAGGGAGGAGGUCAGAGACCUGGCCAUGUGGUGCCAGGAUAACAACCUCUCCCUCAACGUGACCAAGACAAAGGAGAUGAUUGUGGACUACAGGGAAAAAAAGAGGACUGAGCACGCCCCCAUUCUCAUCGACGGGGCUGUAGUGGAACAGGUUGAGAGCUUCAAGUUCCUUGGUGUCCAAAUUAUACAGCUGCACCAUCGAGAGCAUCCUGACUGGUUGCAUCACCGCCUGGUAUGCAACUGCUUGGCCUCCGACCGCAAGGCACUACAGAGGGUAGUGCGUACGGCCCAGUACAUCACUGGGGCCAAGCUUCCUGCCAUCCAGGACCUCUAUACCAGGCGGUGUCAGAGGAAGGUCCUCAAAAUUGUCAAAGACUCCAGUCACCUUAGUCAUAGACUGUUCUCUCUGCUACCGCACGGCAAGCGGUACCGGAGUUCCAAGUCUAGGUCCAAAAGACUUCUCAACAGCUUCUACCCCCAAGCCAUAAGACUCCUGAACAGCUAAUCAUGGCUACCCGGACUAUUUGCACUGCCCCCCCACCCCAUCUUUUUACGCUGCUGCUACUCUGUUAAUUAUUUAUGCAUAGUCACUUUAACUCUACCCACAUGUACAUAUUACUUCAACUACCUCAACUAGCCGGUGCCCCCGCACAUUGACUCUGCACCGGUACCCCCCUGUAUAUAUAGCCUCCCUACUGUUAUUUUAUUUUACUUCUGCUCUUUUUUCUCAACACUUUUUUGUUGUUGUUUUAUUUUACUUUUUUAUAAAAAAUAAAUGCACUGUUGGUUAAGGGCUGUAAGUAAGCAUUUCACUGUAAUGUCUGCACCUGUUGUAUUCGGCGCAUGUUGCCAAUAAAAUUUGAUUUGAUUUGAUUUGAUUUGGGACAGUUGUGGGAUGGGAUAGAUCCCAAAUUAAUACAACCACUAGCAUAAAAAAAACAGUUUUGAGCAAUGAGGCUGACACAACAGAUCAGAACUUAUAGUUGAUAAACUAUUAGGCUAUUUCUUCACAUAAUAAGCUCAGCAAUGCGCACAUGGCAGUAGGCUAUUAGCGCGAAUGUUCCAUUAGCAGGAAAACACCAUUCUCAAAAGUGACCGCAAAUGCGAUUAUGCAUAUAAUGCUUUUAUUAUAAAGGUUCAUUGUUAUGGUGAAAAUUAUCUUUCUCAAACUUGAAACUCACUUGCUGCGUACGUAUGCCAGUUAGGCUCUAAACCCGCUGUAAAGCGAAUUCAUGUGCUUCAUUUUAAGAAGUUAUUUGGCCGCUUUAGGGCUAUGGGCUAGGCUACAUAAGGUGUGCGACUAUGAUUAGAAAAAGUUGCAAAAAAAAGGAAUGCGUUUCUUGCCUUACAGCACACAAGCUGGGCAUCAUUGACAAGGGAUAAUAUAUAAUUCACAAGUGAUAGGCUAAUAUUGUCACCCAUCAGACUAUUCUUGAUUUAAUCUUGUAUUUACAUACGCUAAACAAUAUAUGUGUGAAAUUUGUUUUGAUUUAGAAUGGACCAUUAUCAUGCACCUGUUGGAAUAGGGGCAGGGGAAAGAAAUACAUGUCAUCUAUAAACUUAAAUAGCGAAUGGAGGACUCUUUUCCCGUGGUUAAUUAUUCAUGCCAGCCAAGUAGGCUAUACUCCUGUUGUAAAAAGAAGCAAUAUGCUUAAUAUUAGGAAAGUUGAGAAAUAAAUAUAGGAGGCCUAGCCUAUAGAAAGCUGAUGGGAUCCUCCUCUUUUUAAUAGAGUCCAAUUGCAUAGCCUAUAGAAAUGUAGCGCAACAUGAGCUCAUGGGCUCUCAUGAAGUGUUUGAUUAGAUCUUCGAUUACAUUUGCAUUGAUUUCAGAGUGAUUAGAGGGACAAUAUAGUUCUGAGUACCAGGCAGUUAGCAAGUUUUGUAGGCUACUAAUGACCAUCAGCAGCAUCAGAGCUUGGAGAAGCCUAAUUUCCGUGACUAAAUGGUCAAGUGGAAUUUGACUGCCAUCAUGACUCAUGACCGCCGGUGUGGCGGUAAUACGGUCACCGUAACAGGCCUGCACACAAAUGACUCAAGAGGGAGACCAAUGGCCACGCUGUGUGACUGGCGCAUGUUGUCUCUCUCUCCUCCUUGCUGCAGCGAACAGGCACCUCAGCACAGCAAGUGUUUAUCGCAAUGUCCAUGCUGAAGCUGCAAUAUAAUUACAGCCAUUUGGUUUCUUACUUGUUUCUUUGACUGAAAAGUUAUAUUACCGAAAUACCUCAUUUGUUUAGGAAAAACAUUCCCUAUUCCCUCAACCCUUGCUCUCUUUACGUGAAACAUGUAUGCAUUGCAUGCAUGUGACCGAUAAGGCCUGACCUAUAGCCUAUCAUAAUCACAUCAAUAAAUCGGUAAUAACUAACUCUGAACACCGUAACACGUGACAGCAAAAUGGAUGCGGAGGACGUAAAAAAUUAUCUCGAAAUGGGGGAAUGUUUACAGGUUGCUCAGGAGGGAAAGGGGAAGUCAGAUGUGUGGAAGACAUUUGACUUAGUUGUGGAAACUACUGGAGAUCAAGAAAGAGGAGGGUAUAGGAGCAAGCGCUGCGUGAGUAUUGUGUGCCAAACAAGUGCUGAACGAUUACAAUAUAAUGAUUUCUUCUGACCUUUUUUAACAGCUCAUGAGAGUGUUUUUUGAAAUAAUACUGACAUUUUGAGAAAUAUGAAUAACAUUCCACCCAUGAGGCCACUAGGUAAUUUGACUGCAGGAAAGUGCUAGACAAACAUUUACAUUUGCAAUAGAAGCUGGAUCUGUCUUAUUUCUGUAGAUAUACAGUAUAUAUGGAUGAUUUAUAAAGCUGUUACAUAAAGCCAGGCACGUUUAACAGUUAAGCUAUUGAUUAUAGACCUAAUUAAGUUUGGGUUUCCUCUCUCCUCAAUUUUCUUAGACAAUUAAGGCAAGGUCUGUUUCCUCGACUCGUCUUUUCGUUGCUCCCUCCGCCUCAUUGUUCUCAACACCAAUAUGCUAACUUCACUAUUAUGCACAUAGCAACAUACAGUUGAAGUCGGAAGUUUACAUACACCUUAGCCAAAUACAUUUAAACUCAGUUUUUCACAAUUCCUGACAUUUAAUCCUAGUAAAAAUUCCCUGUCUUAGGUCAGUUAGGAUCACCACUUUAUUUGAAGAAUGUGAAAUGUCAGAAUAAUAUUAGAGAGUGAUUUAUUUCAGCUUUUAUUUCUUUCAUUGCAUUCCCAGUGGGUCAGAAGUUUACACACACUCAAUUAGUAUUUGGUAGCAUUGCCUUUAAAUUGUUUAACUUGGGUCAAACGUUUCGGGUAGCCUUCCACAAGCUUCCCACAAUAAGUUGGGUGAAUUUUGGCCCAUUCCUCCUGACAGAGCUGGUGUAACUGAGUCAGGUUUGUAGGCCUCCUUGCUCGCACACGCUUUUUCAGUUCUGCCCACACAUUUUCUAUAGGAUUGAGGUCAGGGCUUUGUGAUAGCCACUCCAAUACCUUGACUUUGUUGUCCUUAAGCCAUUUUGCCACAACUUUGGAAGUAUGCUUGGGGUCAUUGUCCAUUUGGAAGACCCAUUUGCGACCAAGCUUUAACUUCCUGACUGAUGUCUUGAGAUGUUGCUUCAAUAUAGCCACAUCAUUUUCCUUUCUCAUGAUGCCAUCUAUUUUGUGAAGUGCACCAGUCCCUCCUGCAGCAAAGCACCCCCACAGCAUGAUGCUGCCACCCCCGUGCUUCAUGGUUGGGAUGGUGUUCUUCGGCUUGCAAGCCCCCCCUUUUUCCUCCAAACAUAACGAUGGUCAUUAUAGCCAAACAGUUAUAUUUUUGUUUCAUCAGACCAGAGGCAUUUCUCCAAAAAGUACGAUCUUUGUCCCCAUGUGCAGUUGCAAACCGUAGUCUGGCUUUCUUAUGGCGGUUUUGGAGCAGUGGCUUCUUCCUUGCUGAGCGGCCUUUCAGGUUAUGUCGUAAUAGGACUAGUUUUACUGUGGAUAUAGAUACUUUUGUACCUGUUUCCUUCAGCAUCUUCACAAGGUCCUUUGCUGUUGUUCUGGGAUUGAUUUGCACUUUUCGCACCAAAUUACGUUAAUCUCUAGGAGACAGAAUGCGUCUCCUUCCUGAGCGGUAUGACGGCUGCGUGGUCCCAUUGUGUUUAUACUUGCCUACUAUUGUUUGUACAGAUGAACCAGACUUGUGGAGGUCUACAAAUUUUUUUCUGAGGUCUUGGCUGAUUUCUUUUGAUUUUCCCAUGAUGCCAAGCAAAGAGGCACUGAGUUUGAAGGUAGGCCUUGAAAUACAUCCACAGGUACACCGCCAAUUGACUCAAAUGAUGUCAAUUAGCCUAUCAGAAGCUUCUAAAGCCAUGGCAUCAUUUUCUGGAAUGUUCCAAGCUGUUUAAAGGCACAGUCAACCUAAUGUAUGUAAACUUCUGACCCACUGGAAUUGCGAUACAGUGAAUUAUAAGUGAAAUAAUCUGUCUGUAAACAAUUGUUGUAAAAAUUACUUGUCGUAACCGACUUGCCAAAACUAUAGUUUGUUAACAAGAAAUUUGUGGAGUGGGUGAAAAACGAGUUAUAAUGACUCCAACCUAAGUGUAUGUAAACUUCCAACUUCAACUGUAUAUGGAAAGGUGCCAAUUCACCGGCGCUCUGAAGAUUAUGUUUCAGAUCCACAGACAGCGACUGCUAUCCAUCGCGGGAGAAAGCACAAUUAUUAUAAAAUAAUAUUAUAUUUAUUAGCGUUGCACCAUUAUUCUUACAUAAUAUAUAUACAGUCAUGGCCAAAAUUGUUGGCACCCCUGAAAUUUUUCCAGAAAAUGAAGUAUUUCUCACAGAAAAGUAUUGAAAUUACACAUGUUUUGCUAUGCACAUGUUUAUUUCCUUUGUGUGUAUUGGAAUAACACAAAAAAAAACAGGAAAAAAGCAAAUUUGACAUAAUUUCACACAAAACUAAAAAAAUGGGCCGGACAAAGUUAUUGGCACCCUUUCAAAAUUGUGGAUAAAUAAGUUUGUUCCAAGCAUGUGAUGCUCCUUUAAACUCACCUGGGGCAAGUAACAGGUGUGGGCAAUCUAAAAAUCACACCUGAAAGCAGAUAAAAAGGAGAGAAGUUGACUCAGUCUUUGCAUUGUGUUUCUGUGUGUGCCACACUAAGCAUGGAGAACAGAAAGAGGAAAAGAGAACUGUCUGAGGACUUGAGAACCAAAAUUGUGGAAAAAUAUCAACAAUCUCAAGGUUACAAGUCCAUCUCCAGAGAUCUAGAUGUUCCUUUGUCCACAGUGCGCAACAUGAUCAAGAAGUUUGCAACCCAUGGCACUGUAGCUAAUCUCCCUGGACGUGGACGGAAGAGAAAAAUUGAUGAAAGGUUGCAACGCAGGAUAGUCCGGAUGGUGGAUAAGCAGCCCCAAACAAGUUCCAAAGAAAUUCAAGCUGUCCUGCAGGCUCAGGGUGCAUCAGUGUCAGCGCGAACUAUACGUCGAAAUUUGAAUGAAAUGAAACGCUAUGGCAGGAGACCCAGGAGGACCCCACUGCUGACACAGAGACAUAAAAAAGCAAGACUACAGUUUGCCAAAAUGUACAUGAGUAAGCCAAAUUCCUUCUGGGAGAACGUCUUAUGGACAGAUGAGACCAAGAUAGAGCUUUUUGGUAAAGCACAUCGUUCUACUGUUUACCGAAAAUGUAAUGAAGCCUUGAAAGAAAAGAACACAGUACCUACAGUCAAAUAUGGUGGAGGUUCAAAGAUGUUUUGGGGUUGUUUUGCUGCCUCUGGCACUGGGUGCCUUGACUGUGUGCAAGGCAUCAUGAAAUCUGAGGAUUACCAAAGGAUUUUGGGUCGCAAUGUAGGGCCCAGUGUCAGAAAGCUGGGUUUGCGUCCGAGAUCAUGGGUCUUCCAGCAGGACAAUGACCCCAAACAUACUUCAAAAAGCACCCAGAAAUGGAUGGCAACAAAGCGCUGGAGAGUUCUGAAGUGGCCAGCAAUGAGUCCAGAUCUUAAUCCCAUUGAACACCUGUGGAGAGAUCUUAAAAUUGCUGUUGGGAAAAGGCACCCAUCCAAUAUGAGAGACCUGGAGCAGUUUGCAAAAGAAGAGUGGUCCAAAAUUCCGGGUGAGAGGUGUAAGAAGCUUAUUGAUGGUUAUAGGAAGCGACUGAUUUCAGUUAUUUUUUCCAAAGGGUGUGCAACUAAAUAUUAAGUUAAGGGUGCCAAUCAUUUUGUCCGGCCCAUUUUUUGAGUUUUGUGUGAAAUUAUGUCAAAUUUGCUUUUUUCCUGUUUUUUUUGUGUUAUUCCAAUACACACAAAGGAAAUAAACAUGUGCAUAGCAAAACAUGUGUAAUUUCAAUACUUUUCUGUGAGAAAUACUUCAUUUUCUGGAAAAAUUUCAGGGGUGCCAACAAUUUUGGCCAUGACUGUAUAUAACCAUUUACAAUUUCAGUAUCACGUCUUAGAGUGAAGGACUGUGCCAUCCCCGUGGGCUCCGCAAUGGAUUAGUCCACUGAGACAGGCGCGACUCAGACAGAUGUCUUGUGCACCAUAAGAAAUAAUAAAACAUUUUGAUUGUUCGACUAAAGAAAUCUCAGUCGACCAACAGCCAAUCAGCCCUACAAUGCUUACAGAUUCUCCACUCCCCAUUCACCUCAUGGACAUUAAUCCAUUCUUCUCCCUACUCAUUCAGAUAUCCAGGAGUUUUAUGAAGCGACCUUACAGGACGGCCAGGCAUGUGUGGAGCUAUCCAAGCCAGCGGAGCCCCCUGCUCCCCCUGUCACCCUGUGGGACUUCUCCAGCCUGCCCUCCCCCUCCACCGCUGUCACCUCUGACACCCUGCCCAGCAGCCUUACACCCAGCAUAGAGGUAAGCACACUUUAUAGCACUGAUAUAAGCACUUAUAAGUUAUGUUAUUAGCAUUUAUAUGGUAAAAACCCUGUUUAUAUUGCCCCAAUCUGUCCACUAGAACCAAAUGUGGUAAGCCAGCCUGCUGCUCACUGUUUCCAUAGCCCUCCUCUGUCGGACUAUGUGUAUGGCUAUGUGGUCAGUCACCAUACAUUGUUCUUUGGGUGUUUGGGCUUAGGUUUAA